UUUCCUGCAGAAGAAAAAGGUUUUGGGGCAAGUGCUUAUAAGGUGGAUUGGAAAUCAGAAGAUGCACCUUCCGAAGAAAAAGGUUUUGGUGCAAGUGCUUAUAAGGUGGAUUGGAAACCAAAAGAUGCAUCUUCCAAACAAAAAGGUUUUGGGGAAAGUGCUUAUAAGGUGGAUUGGAAACCAGAAGGUGCACGUUCCAGAGAAGAAGGUUUUGGGGCAAGUGCUUAUAAGGUGGAUUGGAAACCAGAAGAUGCACAUUCCAAAGAAAAAGUUUUUGGGGCAAGUGCUUAUAAGGUGGAUUGGAAAUCAGAAGAUGCACCUUCCGAAGAAAAAGGUUUUGGGGCAAGUGCUUAUAAGGUGGAUUGGAAACCAGAAGAUGCAUCUUCUACUUUUGGGGCAGGUGCUUAUAAGGUGGAUUGGAAACCAGAAGGUGCACGUUCUAGAGAAGAAGGUUUUGGGGCAAGUGCUUAUAAGGUGGAUUGGAAACCAGAAGAUGCACGGUCCAAAGAAAAAGGUUUUGGGGCAAUUGCUUAUAAGGUAGAUUGGAAAUUAGAAGAUGCACCUUCUGAAGAAAAAGGUUUUGGGGCAAGUGCUUAUAAAGUUGAUUGGAAACUAGAAGAUUCAACUUCCAAAAGAAAUGAUUUUCAUGGAAGUACUUAUGCGGUACAUUGGGAUCCAGAUCAUGCACACUCUUCUUCCUCCAUUCCUGAAGAACUAGAAAAACACGGACAUGUAAAGUUUCAAACUGGCAUGUUAUUCCUGAAGAAGAAUCUACACAUUGGCACUACACUGCCUGAAGGAACCAUGUUUGCACGAGAUGGUGCACCAAAGUCUAUUCAUUUUUCAUCUACUCCAUUGGAGUCAAAGUACUUGCCAACCAUCCUUUCAUACUUCAAAUUACCUCAUGCCUCGAUGAAGGCAAAGCAGGUAGCUGACACCCUUCAUUCAUGUGGGAAACCGGCUGACAAGGAGGAACCUCACAUGUGUUUCUCAUCCCGCGAAGCAAUGGCAAGGUUUGCCACCAGAGAAUUGGGAGUCAGUGGCACACGAGCAGCCAUUACAAGGAUUCAUGGGCAUGAGAAUCCAAGCUCCAUGUAUGUUGUGGAACAUAUCACCCAACUCAGCAGUAACGUGGUGCCAUGCCACCCUAUGGAUUUUCCGUAUGAGGUUUUUUUAUUUCCAUCGGCCAAAACAAGUGCAAUCUUUGAGGGUGCAACUCAAGGAUUUGAAAGAUGGCAUGGCGAGUGUGACGGCAAUAGCCAUGUGCCAUAUGAACACAUCUGAUUGGGACACACAGUACUUUGAGCUAUUAGACGGAGAGCGUGGUGAACCUAUUUGCCACUAUAUGCCUACCGAUUACGUCAUGUUCUAUUAGAUAUAUUUAAAGUUGCUGCUAAA